AUGUUUCGCUAUGCUGCCAGGACGGGUCAAAUACGAGUAGUACAUCAACAAAUUGCGAGAUAUGCAGCACCGGGACUCACAUUCUGGCGCAAAGGCCUGAAUCCUUUCUCGCCAGAGCGAAAGUUUGCCCCUUUGAAAACGCAUUUGCACGCAGAAUACACCAACAUUCUGCAGAAAAACUCUUUAUUACUCUUUAUCUCGACAAAAGACUUGAAGAUAGGCGUCAUCCAGAAGCUACGAGCCGACCUCGAGGGCACAACUCGUCCAAAGUCUGCGACGAACCCAUUUGGGAUCCCAAAGACGUCAAACGCCACAAGAAGGCCACCAACUCUUCUUUCCAUCAAGCCGGACAUGUUCAUGGCUGCAAUGCGCAAGGACUCGCAUGUCAAUGGCACAAGACGCGGCCUUGCUCCCCUCCUAAAGGGACCGAUCUCCGUUUUGUCACUUCCUGUACUGGACCCAGAGCACCUUGGUGCUGUCUUAAAGGUUCUGGACAGGGCUCUCCCUAAGUCGUCAGCGGAGCAAACGACCAGGCCAAAGGAAGAUCCAUUGGCGAUGCCUCCACCCGGCGGAGGAGGCGUCCAAAAGGCCAAACAGCCACCGGUACCCGGUCUCAAAGUGCUAGGGGGGGUCGUCGAGGGCCGUCUUUUCCUUCUUCCUGGCCUACAAGAAGUUACCAAGCUGCCGACCUUGCAGGUGUUGCACUCGCAGAUUGUGGGACUGCUCUCGAGCCCUGCCUCUCAACUGGUGGGUGUCCUUGGACAAGCUGGUGGAGGACGCAUUGCGCGGACGCUGCAAGGUCUUGUCAAAGGCCUGGAAGAGCAGUCGGCGGAGAUGCCAACAUCGUAA